ACCGGUACGUCUUCACCGUAUUCUGACAAUCAGAAAACCCCGAGCUCACCGGGCUAGAAGUGACCAGAAGCCGUUCAAGAAAUUGAAGUAAACCGUGAGCUUGACAUAAUCGCAUUAUUUUAGUGCCAGUGGAACAAGUAUCCCGAAAUCAUGAAGUGCUCUCCACAGGCAAUGUGCUCAGCACUUGUCUUUCUAUCAGUUAUACUGAUGAAUUUUCUUGCAGAAGCCAAAAUAAAGAAAGGAGAAUGUGAUGUGUGUAUUUCUGUUGUCAAACACCUUGAAAGCCUGAUGACAAAUGAAGACAGAAAAAGUGAAGACAAGAUAGAGAAGAAGAUUCGAAAGUACUGCAAGGAUGCCAAAGGAAAAGAAAACCGAUUUUGUUACUACAUGGGAGGAACUGAAGAUGCUGCAACAGGCAUGUUAAAUGACCUUGUCAAGCCACUAUCAGUACCUCUACCACCAGAGAGAAUAUGUGAUAAACUCAACAAGAAAGAUAGUCAGAUCUGUGAGCUGAAGUAUGAGAAACAAAUUGACUUGGAUGCUGUCGAUCUGAAGAAACUCAAAGUGAAGGAUCUGAAGAAGGUUCUGAAUGAUUGGGGAGAAGACUGCAAAUCGUGCAUAGAAAAGAAUGACUUUGUAAAGCGUAUCGAGGAACUCAAACCUAAGUAUGCGAAAAAGCAACCAAAGGAAGAUUUAUAACUUAGGCUGUAAAUGGGUUUAGGUUAUUUAUUUGAAAAAUUUGUAUUGUGUAUUUGUUAUACAUUAAUUAUUCAUUCCUGUUGAGUACCAUACAGAUGUUGAGUAACUGUUUGUAUUAUAUUCAAGAUGGAUAUUGGUAUUUCUUCACACGCACAUUCAAGAUUUACUCUUUUAGUGACUCUUUUUGAGAGGAACUAUAACUGAUGUUCCAUUCAUCUCACAACUGUAAAUGUGAGUCGUUGUUGUAAAAUCAAGCACCAAAAAAUACAUACGAAUCUGUUUUAAUUUACAACAUGAAAAUAAAUUCUUAUCUCUAAAUGUACAUGCAUCUCUCUUAUCUGCAGGAGGAUCAAUGUAAUCUUAUUUUUGUGUGUGAAAAUCACAUGAAGGGUAAAUCUUGAAUGUGUUUUUUUUUUUUAAUACAGAUGUGAAGUUUUGGAUUCAAACUUAUUCAUUAGGCCAGGCUCUACACUAACAUUUUUCUGGGGGAAGGGGGGUUAAGAUUGAAGUUUUUAUAAUCUGUAUGGAUAUGCCUCCUAACGACAACUUUUUGUUUCCAAAAAAAAAAAAGCUUUGGGACCCAGAGGAUUUUUUUUUUGGUGGGGGCCUGGGGGGCAUACGUGCAUGCAUUAGAACCCUGUUAGUGUAGAGCCCUGCAUGAGAAACCUGUAAUGAGCUGUGAUGGAAUAUGAUUUCUUAUCGUAAUUUAUUGGCUACGAGUACUUCUUUUAUGAUACAUAUUUGAAGGUUUUGAUUAUCUUCCAAAAUCUUGUUCAGAAUAAAAGGAGACAUAAUCAAAGAGUGAGUGUAUCAUUAUUUAUGCUUUCAACGGAAUGACCUUACUUUUGUGAGCAUUUGUUGGGUAAGAGUUUAUGUUGUUACUUGAAAGAUAAGGGUUUGGUUUAUUUUGGUACAUGUACUGUGUAAUAAUUCUUUUAUUUGAGCCCAAACUUCUGAGACUUUUGUCUCUAAAUUUUACUCAUGGAAUUGAGAGCUGGUUUUUGACAUGUUUUUCAAGAUAACUGCAAGCAAGUUGCAUGUCAGACAAGCUUGAUGUAAAAAGAUAUUGUAUUAGAUUUUGUCUUUCUUUUUUAGAAUUAUUUAUACAUGCAUUUUCAACUUUGAUUCCCAAGAUUUUUGACAUACCUUUCAAUUUAAGUACACUUUUCACUGUAUUCUUACUUUUAUUCAUACAUGUAAGGUUCACUUUGUCUGUUCUGAUGGACAAAUACGUUCAGAAUUAUCUAACAACACAACUCCUACAAGACUUCAGCCUUUUGUGGUAUUACCACUGAUCUUUACAAUUAUCAAGUGAAGAAAAACAAGAAGAUAGAUUAAUAGAUUAUAUAGGAAUGGGAAUUAAUGGCAUAAAGCUAUAAAAAUGUGAAUUUUACUUGUUUAACCACUUUUUUAUAUUUCAAUUGCACAAACGGAUGAUGAUGUAAAUAAAUGUAAUUACCGGUAUGUAUGGUACAUGUACUUCAUGUUGCAUUAUGUUAUGGAUACAUUUGAAUUUUGUUUCCUAAAAUACAUGUAAUCUAUAGAGCUUUAUUCUUAAAUGUAGCUCAGGGCAUCCAUCUUGUUGGGUUUGUAUGUUUUACAUGUAUUGCAUUUAAAUGUUAUUUUAUUUAAAUGUGGGGUUUCUGCUUUCUUUAUUCCGGAGCAUUUAAUUUGGUUCAAGAGAAGACUGUUUACAAAGGAAAUAAUAAUGUUUAAGCAUUGAAGUGCAAGUUUUAAGACUAUACAGUAUACACAUACAAUAAAUUAAAUUGUUAAAUUUAACAUCGGAUAACAGAAAUCAAAACUUUAAUGUACACAAUUUGUAGAUACCAGAGGGAAUUUAACCAGACUAGCUCAUAUUUGAAUUACAUAUUUGUGGAGGUGAAAGAGAAAAGUUUUUAUUCAGAAAAUUUUCUUUUUCAACACAAUCGUAUAAUAAUAAUUUCUCUCACCGAUUGUGUAAAAUGAAUGUUUCGAAGCCAAGUAACACGGUUCCUAGUUUUUGUCAUUUCCAAGACAUAAAAUUGCUUUGGAACUACAUGUACAUUACUUGUACAUGUAGUUGUAUCACUAUAUUUUAUUGACUGUUACACUUUAAUUUCUAUUUUUUCAAACCCCAAAAUGAGAAAUAAAUCAAAGGAGGAAGGCAGAACGAAGGAAAUGGAAAGAGAUAAAAAACUAGGAAUCAUUUAUACUUGGCCUUAAUCUUUUCAAUAAGUUUAAUCUUUUUAGUGAUAAGAGAAAUUAUUGUCUUGUACAUUACUACAUGGUAUUUAAUGUGUAAUAUUUAAAAAGUGUCCUUGUACUUUUCCUGAGCUAAGAAUGAAAAUUAAUGUGUUAUCGGAACUUGCAUUUUGCAACUGACAAUUAAACUACAAAAAAAAACUA